AUGCCGGGCUCGCCCAAGAUCUUCUUCGCCUCCUCCGCCUCGCGCCGCGGCGGGGCGCUGCUCCGGCUGCUCUCCACGCCGGCCUUCUCCGCGGCCUGCCUCCUCUUCGGCCUCGCCGGCUUCCUCGCCGCCGCGCUCACGCUCUCGCGCUCCCCGUCCGUCGCUCACAGCCGCUGCCCCGACUCCUCGCGCCCGCUCUCCGUCUCCGUCGCGUGGGACCGCCGCCCGGGGGAUGGCUCCGCCGCGGGCUCCGCGGAGCUCCCGGCCUCGCUCGCCACCGGAUCGCGCGGCCGCCACAAGGUCAUGGCCUUCGUCGGGAUCUUCACCGGGUUCGGCUCCAUCGGCCGCCGCCGCGCGCUGCGCCGGACGUGGCUCCCCGCGGAUCGCCAGGGUCUACUUCGAUUGGAGGAAGCUACUGGUCUGGCAUUCCGGUUCGUGAUUGGGAAAAGCAAUUCAAAGAACAAGAUGGCUGCUCUUAAUAGAGAAGUUGAAGAAUAUGAUGAUUUUGUGCUUUUAGAUCUCGAGGAGGAGUAUAGCAGGCUCCCAUACAAAACGUUAGCUUUCUUUAAGGCUGCCUAUGCAUUGUAUGAUUCUGAUUUCUAUGUUAAAGCGGAUGAUGACAUUUACUUGAGACCAGAUAGACUUUCCUUGCUUUUGGCUAAAGAGCGGUCACAUCCACAAACAUACAUUGGAUGCAUGAAGAAGGGGCCUGUUUUUACUGAUCCCAAGUUGAAAUGGUUAGUUUUGUCAUUUGGUGUUGUUUGA